AUGAGAAAAAAAUGUUAUAACGCCGCCGCCAAAUGUCAAAAUGUGGCCAACUGUGCUUGGCAGAUGCGGGCCAGGCCGGCGCAGAACAGGCCGGGGUUGCCGGGUCUGGCUCGUGCUCUAGUGCCCCACCUGGCUUUCGUGGGCCCCCAGGUGACCCGCACCUGCCGACGAGUAUACAAAGUGUCCACGAUACCAGAAGAGGAAACAUCUGAAGGCACAAACAAUAACGAAGCUGUUGAAACUAAAGCAAUGACUACUGACUAG